AUGAUUGCGAGGAUCGGGGGAUUGUUGUCUUACUCGCCUCCUACUAGGCUAGAGUGCUCCCACCCCCACGUCUCCCUCUACAUCCACCCCCGGUACCCACAUUCACUGCACGACCUGCCAAUCCUGGCCGAUCGUCCAUUCCGCCACUUCGCCGGCCCCAUCUUCUCACAGCUCGCUGGGACAUCCAUCGCCCUCGCCGUCAUCUACGCAUCUACCUCUUCCCUCCAUCUACCUUUCACCAUGUCGCUGAGGGAUUUCACUGCGACCGGCCUCCAACUCACCAUCCUCGCCCUCCUCCCGCGUCUGGACCCGACCAUCCCCAGACCCUUCCCGCCCCCACGGCGUCUCGGCAGACCCUAUCCUCUCGUCAUGCACCCCAUAUACAGCUGCCCGGUGCUUCCCAGCAUCGUCGAGGACUCGGACAACGAGAUCGCAGUCAGCGAGAAGGGCGAUUCUAUCCCCACGGUCCAGGCCUUCGCGGCUCAUGCCACUGUCAACGGCGGCGGAGACGAUAACGCCGCUAGCGACAGCUCUAGCGAAUACAUCAAGGAGCUCGCUAGCGAGUAUGACAGCGACUCGUCGUCGGAUAGCGAGACGGAGUGGACGCAUCUCAAGUGCGCUCCCUAUGCUCCCCCUCGGACGUUACCGGUUCGCACACCCAAGUCGGCUGCUCACCGGGGCCUCAGCCAACAGACAGUCCCAGGGCUAUCCAAAAGCGCCUAUAGCCCUACCGACAGCACCCUCGUGACCCCGCCGGACAGUCCGCAGCGGGGCGCAGGGGUGACCCGGAAUCUCACCUCCGAGGAGCUGCUGGGCAAGGCUCGAUGCUGGACGGAUGACAUCGAGACCAUGUGGGUCACACCCAUCUCCUCCCGUCGGGAGCGGAAGAAACCAUGCUUCGACUGUCUGACGCUACUCUCCUCUCCUCAUCGCUGCAUCACCUCCGGUCCCCUCGUACCGCACGUCCACACGGCCCGGCGCGACGAUACGCCUACCAAAUUCGCCGUCCAACCCAAAUUACCCCUCAUCGUCGAGCACUACAAGGAGUAUCACGGUCGCGAUAAGCUCCGAGUCAACAAGGGCCCCGCGAAAGUCGGCGUCAUAAUGGUCGUCGUCAAGGGUCAGCAAGUGCGUGAACCCUUUGGCGGCAAUCAUUCGGUCGACGAUGGGCGCGAGGUGGUUUUCAGUCGGCCAGCCGCGGGUUGGCCUUCGGCACCAACGGUCCGGUUUCUGUCCUAG